AACGAAGCAGUAAAGUGCAUUUUAUCAAGUCUAAUCCAUGAAAGACAUCCAACGGUUGUUCAUUUGGUAAUGCGCCUUGAAAAUUGACAGCCCGUGUACUUAACAAUAGAAAAUGAACAUGUAAAAGAAUUGUCUACAUCGUUAAAAAGUUAACGGCAUUUUCUUGUUGUGUGGUAAUGAUAUGUUUGCAACGCGCUACUUUACACUGAAGUGCAACAAUACUACAUAUGAAAUAUAUCAGUAAACAAGAUUCAAGGCUGCAAAAAUAAAAAUGUUGAAGGGCAUUGCAAUUUAAACUUUACAGACGUAUUACGUCGUCUAUAUACUGUUCACACUAAUAAUGCUAACUGCUUUUUAAUUUUGAUUACUGUUAUGAGCAUACGUUGACAGACAUCCUUUCAUGAACUUAGAGCACUAAACCGCCAAGUAUAUGCCACUUAUUGUAAAACUUGCCAAGUAUUAAAACUUCUGGAAAACGAUGCACAAUUGGACUCUGGUCCAUCUAAUGCAUAAAAUAUUGCUCAAUCACAAAAAAUACAAACUUUGCUUGCAAUCAAAUUGAUAACGUGUUUCCCAUCCAAUCCAAAAGCUGUUUGGGGAAAUACAAAGACUCAUGAGUGAAGACAUCCUAAAUCGUGUGUGUGUGUGUAAUGAAUGCAAAUGCGAUUAACAACAUACGGUUUUAAUAAGGCAUUCGUUUCAUAUGAAGGAAUAUGUUUUGCAAUCACUAAUAAAGAACUGAUUCAAUUGGAAAUGACUGCUCUCAAUUGAGCUACAAACAAUCUGUUUUUCAUGGUGAUUUACAAGAGAAAUGCACAUUGAUAUUGACGAAUCAUGUACAUUUUUCAAAAUAGUCUUCCAAAAUUGGUUCCAGAACAAAGACUAGAUUGUGACAUAAUUUUGCAAACCAAAGCGCAUGUUCAUAUUUGUUAUAUGCGCAAGCAAAUCUUUUCUCAUUUAAUUUAUUUGGCAACCAUAUGAUCACGAUAACGUAUUGCACUAACAUUUUCUGUAAGUUGAUUUGUUUUAAAUACUUUAUCAUAUAUUUGAAAAAUGUUAAUGUUGAGACGCUAUCUAGAUUUGCAGCAACUCUUCUGGAUGGUGGUCAAAUAGCGCAUUCAGCACUGAAAUUGCUGUUGAUUUUUCAAAUCACUGAGGCACCAACAUGUAAUAUUAAUAAAAACUAUGUAAUGAAUAACGCACCCAAAUCAUAUCAACUCAUUAUAUUGGACUGAUUUAUUAAGGUGCACAAAAAUCAUAGGAAACACCUCAUCGUACACUAAAUUAUUUUAGAGGAAAUUUACAGUUCUUCGGUGGCCCACUUAUUUUAUUGUCCAGUAAUUUUCUACAAAUUUUACAACUUAUACCACGUUCAGAAAGGUACUGAUGAAUUAAUUGCAUGUCCUAAAUCAUCAUUUUUAAGGCGAUACGCACAGAAAUAGAAUUUGAAGACCAAUUUGCACUUACAAUCACAACAUGAUGUAUCUGCUGAACAUUUCGCAAAACAAUUGGCGGCUAUUCGGAAUGGUAAAAGGGCAAUUGAUGAAUCCAUACAACUUAUCACAUUGCCCAAUAGAUUAUGUAAAAUCGCAGCAAACACCGACAAAUUGAUUCAAAAAGCUUUGUUCAAAUAUCACACAGAAUUACAUCAGUGGCGCAAUGCAUGUGCCAUACUAGCAACACAAAACAACAAUGUCAAUACCAUCAAUUUCAGAAUUCAAAUAGAAAUGCAAUGCACAGCGUUAUCGUUUAAUGUAUAAUUCUAUUGAUACUCUAAUAAAUAAUUUAAAAGUUGUCUAUUAUCAAACUGAAAUGUUAAAUUCACUUGAUUUUCCAGUUAUGUCGUUGUACAUUUUAACAUCGAAAAUAUGAGUGCCUAUCUUUACUUCCCGAAACAUAAAUCAACCACUUCUUUGCAAUGGUAACAAGCUUUCAGUGAAAAAGAUAAUGGACAGGAUC